GGACUUUAUAAUAAGAUUUCUUUAUUAUAUGUUGUGUAGUCGUCUAUAACGUAAUACUAUAAAUGUAGUUCUAUGGACAUAUGAAAAAUCUGUAAAUCAAAAGACUGUUAUUGAAUUGAGAUUCAUUUCUUGAAGAAGACUGCUGCAGAAGAAGUGUGCUCUCUGGCACAGCAAGUGUUUCAGUUAGUUUACACUGAUUCAACAAUAGAUUUUCUCGACAAGUCCAUAAUGGAUGGUGCUAUAACUCCCAAAAAUCAUUCUUACAGCACUGAUGAUUCAGAUAAAAAAGACACUGUUACUGUAAGCUCCAGGGACUAUGCUCAAUACAUUGAAGGCAAAGGAUCCAGUUCCACCCUGCCUCAACCGAUUCGCCAUUCUCGAUAUCAUCGUAGGUCUGGUAGCAGUGGAUCAUCGAGCAACAACAAUAUACCACCUAUCACACAUGCUAGCACUCUCACACUCACUAGCCCUGUCACUUCAACACAGACUUUUCCUGUACACAACGCCCUGCAACCUUAUGAUUAUAUUACGGUGCUAAAAGAGCAACUGACAAAUAUUGAACUCGAGGAAUUUGCCAAGUUAAUAAAUCAAUUUCGUACUGGCGGAAUUUUAAUUCAAGAUUUUUCUAAUCAACUUUUACAAAUGUACACAGAGGAAAGAAAACAUCUUCUUUUAGGUAUGAGACAUUUUAUUCCGAAUGCUAGUGAUUUGACAUUUUUUAACAAAUUUUUGAAAGACAAUAACGUUGAAGACAUUUCCGCUGAUUCUGCAACAGAAAGCUGGUGGGCACAGGCACCCUGCGUUACUCCUCGAACAUUAGCAGAAACGGAGGAGAGUACUGCUUCAACGUGGGGGCUACAGGAAAUGUAACAGGUCACUUUGUCUUACUGAUAUCUGGAUUAAAUCACUAUUGGGAAAAAUCUAUUCGUUUCAUUUCGGGAUAUUAGUUAAAGAGACAUAGUAGGCAAGGGUGAUUUGUCAAUGGGCAUAAAUCCAAACUAAUGACAUUUAAUGAUACUACACCUACACCUACAAACUGGAGUCUGAAUCAAGCAGUUCUUCUUCAACCUUUCGAGGAUUCAGCAAUACAUCAAAGCAAGAAUGCCAACUAACAAUGACAGAAUAUUUUCAGAAUUUCAAACAACUCAAGAGUAAGUUUCCGGUACUCAAAGUAAAUUUGAAAAGAAUUUUAAUACGAUUUGAGCACUCUCUGGAAAGAAGAGAUUUUGAAAAGGUCAAAAUACUGUUUCAUGAUGCUAAUGAUAAAAUAGCAUUUUUGGUCUGUCUAAUUGAUACUAUGGAAUUGGCUCUAAUUGAAGAAGACAGUACUAUACAAAAUGAGGAAAAACCCGUUAUCUCCAAAUUU